CACUUCCUGCGGGUACCGGUGUGGACGGUGCGGGUCGUGGCCGCCGGUUCUCCGACUCUCCCCUUACCCUAACUCUCCUCCCUCCCUCCCUUUCCCUCCCUCGGCGGCGGUCGGUCUCCCGUCGCAGAUUCCCCGACCUAUCCCUGACCCCUCUCUGAUCGCGGGGCCACCAGAUUAGCCCUUUUCUUUUUCCCGGCCCAACCCCAGUGUCAGGGCGGGGGCCUUGAAGAGCCGGAGGCGCUGCGGCGGAGGAGGGAAAAGACCAGACGACCCCCGACUGGCUCGCCGCCGCCAUGGCAAUGAGGCAGACGCCGCUCACCUGCUCGGGCCACACGCGGCCCGUGGUGGAUUUGGCCUUCAGUGGCAUCACGCCAUAUGGCUAUUUCCUAAUCAGCGCUUGCAAAGAUGGUAAACCUAUGCUACGCCAGGGAGAUACAGGAGACUGGAUUGGAACAUUUUUGGGUCAUAAGGGUGCUGUUUGGGGUGCAACAUUGAAUAAGGAUGCCACCAAAGCAGCUACAGCAGCUGCAGAUUUCACAGCCAAAGUGUGGGAUGCUGUCUCAGGAGAUGAAUUGAUGACCCUGGCUCAUAAACACAUUGUCAAGACUGUGGAUUUUACACAGGAUAGUAAUUACUUGUUAACCGGGGGACAGGAUAAACUGUUACGCAUAUAUGACUUGAACAAACCUGAAGCAGAACCUAAGGAAAUCAGUGGUCAUACCUCUGGUAUUAAAAAGGCUCUAUGGUGCAGUGAGGAUAAACAGAUUCUUUCAGCUGAUGAUAAAACUGUUCGCCUUUGGGAUCACGCUACCAUGACGGAAGUGAAAUCUCUAAAUUUUAAUAUGUCUGUUAGCAGUAUGGAAUAUAUUCCUGAGGGGGAGAUCUUGGUAAUAACUUAUGGACGAUCUAUUGCUUUUCACAGUGCAGUAAGUUUGGACCCAAUUAAAUCCUUUGAAGCACCUGCAACCAUCAAUUCUGCAUCUCUUCAUCCUGAGAAAGAAUUUCUUGUUGCAGGUGGUGAAGAUUUUAAACUUUAUAAGUAUGAUUAUAAUAGUGGGGAAGAAUUAGAAUCCUACAAAGGACACUUUGGUCCUAUUCACUGUGUGAGAUUUAGUCCUGAUGGAGAACUCUAUGCCAGUGGUUCUGAGGAUGGAACACUGAGACUAUGGCAAACUGUGGUAGGAAAAACGUAUGGCCUUUGGAAAUGUGUGCUUCCUGAAGAAGAUAGUGGUGAGCUGGCAAAGCCGAAGAUCAGUUUUCCAGAGACAGCAGAAGAGGAGCUAGAAGAAAUUGCUUCAGAGAAUUCAGAUUCCAUCUAUAGCUCAACUCCUGAAGUUAAGGCCUGAGCCUCUGGCAGAUCCUACACAUAGUGUAUAACUUAUGGACUAAAACAAGCAAGCAGAGAGAAGCAUCAGCCUCCAGUUACUCUCUGCUUAUGGCAAAGAUGAGCAGUAAAUAAUGAGGAAAAUGAAUUAGCUCCAGUGCUGGAACUAACCAACUUAGAGGUGGAAACUGUAAGUGAAAAUGCAGGACUAUCAGCUGAAGGCAGAUGGAGAUACACCUUGUAGAAUGAUGACUUGUUGUCUUUUUAAUGAAUGUGUGCAAGCCAACAUCCAGUUUCUCUUAUCACAGUUAGAUUUCUUGUGGCUGUUAAUGAUAUUAUGAAGAAAGAAAAUAUAGUGGCCUAUUUUUCUGGCUUUUCCCUUAAAGCAGAAAGUUGUUUUUUUUGCUUUAGUUAAAAAGAAGAGGGAAUACAUGGUAAAGUACCUGGUUUGAUUUCUUUUUCAUUUUACAUUGCUUUGAACAUCUAAUUGUUUUUAGUUGUCUCAAUAAAAUGACUCCAAAACAAAA